CGAAGUGGCGAAUGUAUUAGGCCAAUUACAAGUAACGCCUUGAGAAGCUCCAAGUUUCCAUACACAACCAGGCCUCCUCACAUAGACAUUCUUCAGAUCCGCACACUACACACGACCUAUGAUGACCAGUUCGAAUCCCCGAGAUCAACCUGUGCACGAUGAGGCAAAACUGCUGGAUCAGCAGUGGGAGCGUCAGCAGGUCAAGUCCUUCUCGGCCUGGGUCAACAGUCACCUCACAAAGGCUGGUAUGGCCGUCGAGGACCUAAGCGAAGACUUUAAAGACGGCAAAAAACUCAUCAAACUAGUCGAGCUCAUUAGUAAUGAGCAACUGGCCAAACCCGAGAAGGGCAAGAUGCGUCUGCAUCACAUCCAGAACCUAAACACGGCGCUCAAGGGCAUUGAGGCGAAGAAUGUGCGCCUGGUUGGUACCAGUGCCGAGGAGAUUGCGGACGGGAACAUGAAGAUCAUCCUGGGAAUGAUCUGGGUGUUGAUUCUGCGUUUCCAGAUUGCCGAUAUAUCCGUUGAGGAAAUGUCUGCAAAGGAGGGUCUCCUGCUGUGGUGCCAGCGCAAAACCGCCGGCUACGCAGGCUGCGACGUUAAGAACUUCCACACGUCGUGGCAAGACGGCAACGCAUUCUGUGCCCUUAUCCACAAACACCGGCCCGAUCUACUAACCUACGACGAGCUGCACGAGCAGAACCCGGAGACCCGCCUCAACACUGCCUUCAAGGUGGCCGAGCAGCACCUGGACAUUCCGCAGAUGCUGGACACAGCAGAUAUGAUCCAGGAAACACGCCCGGAUGAGCGCUCUGUGAUGACGUACGUCGCCAUGUACUACCACGCGUUUGCGGGCAUGGGCAAAACCGAGGAGGCAGCCAGACGACUGGAGACGGUGCUGUCCAUGAACAGAGAGUUCCAGGAGAUGAUCAAGGACUACGACACGCGGUCUUCAACGCUGAUGGAGUGGCUCAGCGCCAAGCAGGCAGCAUUUGAGCAGCCACAGCCGUUUGCGACGACCGACGCGCUGCAGGAAAAGAACACGGAAUUCGGCGAGUACAAGAAGAGCGAGCGCCCUCCCAAGAGCGAUGAGAAGGUGUCCCUGGAGGCACACUACAGCACGCUGCAGACCAAGCUGCGCCUCAACAACCGACCGCCCUACAACGCGGAGCAGGGCGUGUUGAUCUCAGAUAUUGAUACUGCGUGGAAGCAGCUUGAGCAGACCGAGAAGGACUAUGCCGUGUUCCUGGAGAACGAGAGCACGCGCCUGGAGAAGUUACAGAGACUGUCGCAGCGGUUUGAGGCCAAGGCCCGGUUCUUCGAGAAGUGGAUUCAGGGCAAGCAGGAGAUUGCCUCGUCCGACAAUGUGGGACAUGACUUGCCCUCAGUCCAGGCGCUGGUACGACAGCUCAAGGCCUUCCGUGGAGAUGUCAAGGCGCACCACGAACGCCCAAAGCAACUGGCGACGAUCGCCCAGCAGCUGCAGGAUGGGGGUUACGAAGACGCUGAGGGUGUACAGGCACGCGCGAACGAAAUUGCGGCGAGCUAUGAUAACCUUAACAACGCCGCAACGGCGCGGAAAACGGCGCUGGAGGAGAGCUUGGCCAAGCACGAGCAACUCGACGAGCAGUUGCUGGACUUUGCCACACGCGCGAGUAACAUUGUGUCGUGGUGUGAGGGCACGCAGGAGGAUCUCAUGGAGUCCCUGCACGUGCGCACCAUGCAGAUGUUUGAGAACGAGGUCAAGACCUUCGAGGCGACCAAGGCCGACAUUGACGCCCACGCCCAGGAACAACAGGAUGUGAUUGCCCUGGGUACCCAGUUGGAGGGAGAGUGUGUGGAGAACCCCUACACACAACACUCGGCACAGAGUGUGCAGGCACUGGCGGAUGAGAUCAGCGAAUUGGUCACACAGCGCGAUGCACAGUUUGUGGAGCAGAAAGCGCUCCAGGAGUCGCGCGAGAAGGUGUGCAAGGAGUAUGCGGAGUAUGCCAACCCGCUCGGAGAGCAGCUGGACGCCAAGAUUGCCGAGAUCCGCAGUACCGAACAUUCCGGUUCGCUCGAGGAGCAGCUGGCGGCUGAGAAGGAGACGCAGAGCGUCGUUGAGGAGUUCAACGCCAAGGCUGACGGCGCGCACGAGUUGGCGUCCAAGGUGUCUGCCGAAGGUAUCACCCAGAACCCCCACGCCCAGUACACCAGCGAUGAGAUUGCGGCGCGCAUUGAGCAGCUCAACGGCAUGUGUACCAAGAACAUCAACACGCUGGAAAACCAGAUCCUCAUGCGGGACCAAAGCGGGAUCUCCGAGGAGAAGAUGCAGGAGUACAAGGAGUCAUUCAAGUUCUUCGACAAGAAUCGCUCCGGUGUGCUGGACCGUCUGGAGUUCCGUUCGUGCCUGCUAUCCACCGGCUACGACUUGCCCGAUGUCAAGGGUAACGACGGUGCUGAUCCCGCAUUUGACCUGGUGAUGGCUGUCGUUGACCCUGAGGGAACCGGACAGGUGUCGUUCGAGGCGUUUGCUGACUUUGCUGCACGCGACAAGCAGGAUGCUACGUCCUCGGAUCAGUUCAAGGAGUCCUUCAAGAUUAUUGCCGGAGACAAGGAUUAUAUUACCGAGGAAGAGAUCCGAAGAGAUAUGUCACCAGCAACAGCCGACUAUAUUAUGUCCGUAAUAAAGCCUAAGGAGGGUGUUGAAGGAGGCUUGGACUACUUGGCGUUUACAGACGAGAUUUUCCAGUCGUAAACGUGUCGUUGCUAGAUAAGCCAAUUAUUUUACCGUAUUGUUUGGUGGUGGAUAUAAAGGAACGAGUACAAACAGAAUAGUAUUCUGGGUGUGCAUGUCCGUAUUUAAGUUGCAAUAAAGACCAUCUUAAAUUACUGC